AUGACUGAGUUAAGAGUGAUGUUCGCUCGUCUUAGUCUAUUCGAUUAUAGCAGUCUGUUAGCUGAGUUACAAGUUAAACUGACUUGGAUUGGACAUAUUCGAGAAAAGCAGUUAAGGGAUGAGUCUUUGGUUUUGCGAUUUCGUCAGGUUGAGAAUGGCAGUCGAGUUCAUGUACCGAGUAAUUCUGAUCUGAGACAGUCGACUCUGAGGGAGGCGCAUAGUAGCCCUUAUGUUAUACAUCCUUGUGGUAAUAAAAUGUAUCGUGAUCUUCGUGAGCUGUACUGGUGGCUGGGUUUGAAAGGUGAGGUUACAAAUUUUGUUACUCGUUAUCUGACGUGCCAGCAAGUUCAGGCUAAGCACCAAUUGUCUUUGGGUUUGCUACAACCUGUUAAGAUUCCUUUAGGUCUUGAGUUGGUUUUUGACACUAAAGAUAAGGUUAGACUGAUUCAGGAUCAUCUGAAGGCGGCUUCUGAUAGACAGAAGUCUUAUGCAGAUUUGAAAAGGAGAGAUAUCGAGCGGUAUCAAUCUGAUCCAUCUCACAUUGUCUCUGUUGAGGAGAUCAAGGUUAGACUGGAUUUGACUUUUGAGGAGGAGCCCGUUCAAAUUUUGGAUCGUGAUAUUAAGGUUCUGAGGAGGAAGUCAAUCCCGUUGGUUAAGGUUCUGUGGCAAAAUCAUGGUAUUGAGGAAGCCACGUUGGAACCUGAGGACUUGAUGCAUUAG